AUGUCUUUAAGGAUUAUAAUUCAGGUAAUUGGAGGAGAAAACUUUGUAGUUGAAGCCUCAGCUGAUAUGAAAUUUUCUGAGCUCUAUCAAAAUAUCCAAGCUGCCCUUUCCCUGACUAAUGAUCUCAAAAUCCUCAAAAAUCCAAACUACCUCAAUUUCAACCGUGAUGGCGAAAAAUCUCUCCUUGAAUUAAAAAUUAUGAACAACAGCUGCUUAGAUAUUGAAAUUAUCCCUGAUUUGUAUAUCUCUGUAGAAUAUGGAGAUAGAAAAGAGGUUCUUGAAAUAAGAAGCAGCGAUAUGAAGCUUUCUGAGUUCACCAAUUUAGUGAAAGCUAAAUUUAACAUUAGCCAAGACAUCGAAAUGCAUAAAGAAGUUAUUAUCAGAAAUUACAAAAAGAGACUUGAUUUGGCAACAGAAGAAAACUAUUCCUUAAAAGAUUUAGAUUUUACUAGUUCAACUUCUGUGAGAGUGAGUAAAGAUGAAAUAAGAAUUAUGAUUGAGUUUGAAGACGGAUUUAUUAUUUUUAAUACCAAAAAGACUGACACUUUUGAAACGUUGGAGAGAAAUAUUCGCGAUAAGCUUGGAAAGAGGGGAAUAGUCUGUAUACUUGGGUCAAAAACACUUCGAGUUCCUGAGAACGGGAGUUCAACACUAGAAGCACUAGGAAUUUCAGCUAAUUCUAAGCUGAUAGUGUUAGACUGUUUUAAUGGAGGCUUUAUUUUUUGUAGCACAUCAUUUGCCAAAAUAUUUUUUUCAUCUUGCAUUUGCUCGGCUAAGACCACUAUUGCUCGGCUGGACUAUCUGAAGAGAAAAAAAGUUUCGAAUAAAUUGCGCCGGAUAAAUGCAUGAAAGAGAAAAUAUCUAAAGGAAAAGACAUCGGCUUUUUAUUUUGCUUAAAUUAUAG